AAAGCCAUAACUAUUUCAGCAAUAGUCUUUGUUGGCAUUCACUGAUUAAUUUAUGCAUAUAUUCUUUUUAAAAUGUUAUUUAUAAUAACAGCGGCUAUUAACUAUUUUCUAUUGCUUCAACGUUGACAUUUUGUUUUGGUUGGUUUUUUUUUGUACUGGAGACAUCCACAUCAGUCUGCUACUAUGGCGGAUUGUUUAACCACAGAGUGCUCUGGACAGCAUCUCAAGCUACGUAUCAUAUGGCCGUACACCUUGUCGAACAGUCUAACCAUGAACAGAGCAAUAUUCAUUCUAUUCCUGUGUAUAGGAAUAUGUGUUGCUUGUCUUGUAUCGUAUAUACCAAAGCUGUUGUACAUCGUUUUCCCUCUCUCCAACCGUUGGCUUGUAUCUACUACAGGCAGUGGCAGCAGUUUCGGAUAUCACGAAACAUCUGUGAUAUUACGAGUCAGACAGAAGAUACCGAUCAAUCCAGAUGUGAAAAAAGAAGCAGUUGCUGCUCUGAACGUUGCAUUGGAUCUCCAAGACCAGGGAAAAACUGAUAGAGCUAUGAAGAUUUUCCAGCAUGCUCUUGCACUUGACCCUUCGCAUGCUGACAUUUUAACAGCAUAUGGAGAAUUCCUUGAGCUACACUUGAAAGACAUUGAACGAGCUGAUCACUAUUACAAAAUAGCUCUUGGCAUCAGUCCGCAGCAUCGAAGAGCAAUGGACAAUCGCCAGCGAACAGGUCCUAUGGUGGAGGAGAUUGAUUCCAAACGCUUCAAUCGUAUCGACCAGAAGAGGAAUUUGCUGUACACUGUGCCAGCUAAUCACCCAGCAUUGAGGCGUGCUAAAAAAGAAGCAUACUUUGCACAUAUAUAUCACAGUAAUGCUAUAGAGGGCAAUACCCUCACCCUUUCUCAGACAAGAGCAAUCAUAGAAACAAGAGUUGCCAUCGGAGGAAAAAGUCUUGUUGAACAAAAUGAAGUACUGGGCCUUGAUGCUGCACUCAGUUUUUUGAACAGCACGUUGGUUGGCAAGGUAGGACGAUUAACACUUCAGGAUCUACUGGAUGUCCACUUACGAGUCCUUGGUUUUGCUGACCCUACAGAAGCUGGUAAAUUCAGAACCACACAAGUUUUUGUUGGCGACUUUACCCCACCAGCUGCUGUUGACUUGCCUCUGCUUAUGGAUGAGUUGAUGAUGUGGCUAAAUUCAGAAGAGGCUCUUGCACUGCACCCUAUUGAAUUUGCAGCUCUAGCUCACUACAGGUUGGUCACCAUCCACCCCUUUUAUGAUGGAAAUGGGCGUACUUCUCGUCUUCUGAUGAAUCUCAUUCUCAUGCAAGCAGGGUUUCCUCCUGUGGCUAUUGAGGUAGAAGACAGAAUGAGAUAUUAUGAUUCCCUAGAGCUUGCAAAUAAUGGUGAUAUCCGCCCAUUCAUUCGUUUUAUAGCAGAAUGUACAGAGCGAACACUGGAUGAGUAUUUGGCAGCUACUAUGGAGGAUCCCUCAUAUUCCCUUAUGCAGGUUGCAAACAAGAAAAAUAGGACAGAGCGUCAAAGAAUAAUUUAUGUUGAUAAUGAAAGUUGACUGUUUUUUUUCCUGUAAGUUUUGUUUUUCCAGAAGUGAACAGGGUAGAGCUGUUUUGAUUUAAGUGAUGUGAGCAGGAAGAAUCUGGGUUGUUCCUAUGGAACAUAUUUAGAUCUUAAAAAUCCAACGUGCGAUUUAAUAAUAUUUUAUGGAAAGGACAAAUUAUUGCUCAGAAAGGGAAGAGAAAAAUGUUCCUGGAAUUGUAGGGUUGUGCAUAUAUUUGUAUCUCUAUCUGCAUUUGUGUAUGUAUGGAUUUGUAUGAUCUUGUGCUUGCAUCUAUAAUUAUUUAUAGUCAGAGUGUCUUAUGAGUGGUGGAUGUUUUCCCUCAAAAUGGAAAAAUGUAUGGUGUUUUGUGGUCACUUACAUGUUGGUUUUCUUUUGUUCAUUUGUUUAAUUUCUGCCUGUAAUAAAUAGCAAGUUGAAGUUUCUGGUUUCAUCCUGCUUUAGGCUUUUGUUUUUAGUUAUAUCUGAAAAAGUUACAGUCGCUUGCUAUCUGGUCAGAAUAACAACCCCUUGAGAAUGUUAGUGUACUGUGAUAAUAUUUUGUGCAUCCCGCUGACUUCCUCCAAGACAAGUUAUGGAUUUCUGUACAUGAGUUAUAUAGUUUCUCAUGUUGGAAAUAAAAUGGUUUCUUUCGGUGCCUUUAAAAUUGUUGCAUUUGGCCAGCAAAAUCCAGAACUAAGAACCACUAGCUGUUUGCUUCUUUGUUUGUUUGUUGCAAUCUCUGUACAUUGAUAUUACUUUGUAUCAGUCAGUACUAUUUUCAGAAAUAUUUUCUGUUGUAUUUAUAUUAUAAAGACAAUAAAUGUACUAAUAUAUGAAUAUGGUUCUUAUUAACUGCUGAAUCCUGAAUUUUUUAAUCCUGUAGAACAAAUUACAAAUGCUAAUAUAUCAGUUUUAUGUAAUUGAUCUGCUUACAUGUGGUGAAGAUUAUUUUAGUAUUAUUUUUAUUAUUCAUUAGGUUGGGUAUUUGCAUGUGUUUUCCCCUAUUACUAUCAGUCUUUAAAAUUUGCAAUAUUUUCUUGUCUUUCUGUUAUCUUUAGUUUCUUGGAUUGCACUUUCUAGCAGUUUGUCGUGUUUUGGGCUAUCUCCCUGUUUUUAGUCAUUUUAUUCUAAAGGCAUUGUCAAUGUCUUGGUUUAUUUUAUUUAUUUACUCUUUUUUGCUUCAUUUUGUUUCUUUUGUUAUCAUCAUGUUGCAGUGGUUGCUUUUUAGUCUUAAUUUUUUGGUUAUAAGAAUGAUUAUCUCUUAUAUUUUUCAAAUGAUAGUAUUGCAUGUUAAGCUUACAGAUGUGUGGCUUGAGCAGUAUGUUCUCUUUACCAUUCAAACAUGGAGAGUUCAAAAACCCCAUUUACUUGGCAGAUAAGCAAGAAAGUAAAUUGUAAGGAGUUAAUUAUUUGGGAAUAAUAUUCAGUUGUUAAUGAGGUCCACACGAAAGUUACAUUUUGACAUGAUACAUAUUGUAGCAGACCUCUAAGUUUGUAGCAUUAGUUCUUUGUUUUGGGUUUAUCUUUUACAUCUAGUUGAAAGUCUUGCUCAGUCUGUUUUCAUAGUUGUCUUUUAAGUCAUGACACAGACUUGGGUGAGGGAGUUAAAAACAAAUCACCUUGAUGAGUUUAUACACUUUGUGUGCUCACAUCUACUGAGUACUUUUUUUUGGUGGGGUGGGGGUUCUGUGUGUGUGAGUGACAGAGACAGAAAGAUGGGUGGGUGGCUGGAAAGAGCGAAAAAGGGUGAAUAAAGCAUGUAAAUGUGAUAAUAGACUCACAAUAGUCAAAAUCUUACAUAUUUUGUCUUAUUUUACUCCAACAGCACGAAUGGAAAAACUGUGAUACAAAAUUUUGUGAACUAUACCAAAAUAUAAAUUGUGUUCAUCAGC